AAACCCUAUCAGUGCUUGGAAUGUGGGAAGCGCUUCAGUCACGAGGGGAAUCUCACUUCCCAUCAAAGAAUUCAUACAGGGGAGAAACCGUAUAUGUGCUUCGAUUGUGGGAAAAGCUUCCGGGACGGGCACAAGCUCACUUCCCAUCAAAGAAUUCAUACAGGUGAGAAACCCUAUCAGUGCUUGGAAUGCGGAAAGAGCUUCAGUCAAAAUGGCGCACUCUCUUCCCAUCACAGAAUUCAUACAGGGGAGAAACCCUAUCAGUGCUCUGGAUGUGGGAAGCGCUUCAGUCACGAGGGGAAUCUCACUUCUCAUCAAAGAAUUCAUACAGGGGAGAAACCCUAUCAGUGCUUCGAAUGUGGAAAGAGCUUCAGUCGGAAGGAUAGUCUCACUUCCCAUCAAAGAAUUCAUACAGGAGAGAAACCGUAUCACUGCUUGGAAUGUGGAAAGAGCUUUCGUCUGAGUUGUGAUCUCACUUCCCAUCAAAGAAUUCAUACAGGGGAGAAACCCUAUAUGUGCUUCGAUUGUGGGAAAAGCUUCCGGGAGGGCUACCACCUCACUUCCCAUCAAAGAAUUCAUACAGGGGAGAAACCCUAUCAGUGCUUGGAAUGCGGAAAGAGCUUCAAUCAGAAGUAUAGUCUCACUUCCCAUCAAAGAAUUCAUACAGGGGAGAAACCCUUUCAGUGCUUGGAAUGUGGGAAGCGCUUCAGUCACGAGGGGAAUCUCACUUCUCAUCACAGAAUUCAUACAGGGGAGAAACCGUAUCAGUGCUCAGAAUGUGGGAAGCGCUUCACUCAAAGGACCCAUCUCACUUCCCAUCAAAGAAUCCAUACAAGAGAGAAAAAACCCUAUCAGUGCUUGGAGUGUGAAAAGAGCUUCAAUCGGAAGGAUAGUCUCACUUCCCACCAAAGAAUUCAUACAGGGGAGAAACCGUAUCAGUGCUUGGAAUGUGGAAAGAGCUUCAGUCAGAGGGUCCAUCUUACUUCCCAUCGCAGAAUUCAUACAGGGGAGAAACCCUAUCAGUGCUUGGAAUGUGGGAAGCGCUUCACUCAGGGGGGGAGUCUCACUUCCCAUCACAGAGUUCAUACAGGGGAGAAACCCUAUCAGUGCUUGGAAUGUGGAAAGAGCUUUCGUCGGAGUGGUCAUCUGACUUCCCAUCAAAGACUUCACACAGGGGAGAAACCCUAUCAGUGCUUGGAAUGCGGAAAGAGCUUUCGUCGGAGUGGUCAUCUGACUUCCCAUCAAAGACUUCACACAGGGGAGAAACCCUAUCAGUGCUUCCAAUGUGGAAAGAGCUUCAGUACGUGGGUGAAUCUCACUUCUCAUCAAAGAAUUCAUACAGGGAAGAAACCCUAUCAGUGCUUGGAAUGUGGAAAGAGCUUUCGUCGGAGUGGUCAUCUGACUUCCCAUCAAAGACUUCACACAGGGGAGAAACCCUAUCAGUGCUUGGAAUGCGGAAAGAGCUUCAGUCAAAGUGCCGCACUCUCUUCCCAUCACAGAAUUCAUACAGGGGAGAAACCCUAUCAGUGCUCAGAAUGUGGGAAGCGCUUCAGUCACGAGGGGAAUCUCACUUCUCAUCAAAGAAUUCAUACAGGGGAGAAACCCUAUCAGUGCUUGGAUUGUGGAAAAGGUUUUCGUCUGAGUCGUGGUCUGACUUCCCAUCAAAGACUUCAUACAGGAGAGAAACCGUAUCACUGCUUGGAAUGUGGAAAGAGCUUUUGUCUGAGUUGUGAUCUCACUUCCCAUCAAAGACUUCACACAGGGGAAAAACCCUAUCAGUGCUUCGAAUGUGGGAAGAGCUUUCGUCUGAGUGGUGAACUCACUUCCCAUCACAGAAUUCAUACAGGGGAGAAACCCUAUCAGUGCUUCGAAUGUGGAAAGAGCUUUCGUCUGAGUGGUGAACUCACUUCCCAUCACAGAAUUCAUACAGGGGAGAAACCCUAUAUGUGCUUCGAUUGUGGAAAGAGCUUUUGUCUGAGUGGUGAACUCACUUCCCAUCAAAGAAUUCAUACAGGGGAGAAACCCUAUCAGUGCUUGGAAUGCGGAAAGAGCUUCAGUCAAAGUGCCACACUCUCUUCCCAUCACAGAAUUCAUACAGGGGAGAAACCCUUUCAGUGCUUGGAAUGUGGAAAGAACUUCAGUCAACGCAGCUCUCUCAUUUCCCAUCAAAGAAUUCAUACAAGAGAGGAAACGAAGCCGUACAAAUGCAUGGAGUGUGGAAAGAACUUCAGCCAGAGCACUCUCCUUAGGUUGCAUCAGAGAAUCCACACGGGAGACAAGCCCUACAGCUGCUCCGAGUGCGGCAAGAGAUUUUACGACAGGUCUCACCUCAACAGCCACAAAAGAACCCACACCGGGGAGAAGCCGUAUAAGUGCUUGGAGUGCGGGAAGAACUUCAGCCACAAGGUGAACCUUACCUCCCACCAGCGGAUCCACACGGGAGAGAAACCUUACAACUGCUCGGACUGUGGGAAGAGCUUUUGCGACAAGCAGAACCUUAUUAGACACCAAAGAAUCCACACGGGAGAGAAGCCGUACAAAUGUAUGGAGUGUGGGCAGAACUUCAGGCAGAGGGCGACCCUCACCUCUCACCAGAGAGUCCACACCGGGGAGAGACCCUACCAGUGCUUGGAUUGCGGAAAGUGCUUUUUCAGAAAAGCGGAACUGAACCGACACCAGAGGAUUCACAGGGGAGAAGAAAGGCCCAAAGACUAUCAGUGCUCAGAAUGUGGGAAGAGCUUCAGUCGGAAGGGCAGUCUUACUUUGCAUCAAAGAAUUCAUUCUGGAGAGAAACCCUAUCAGUGCUUGGAAUGUGGAAAGAGGUUUCGUCAGAGUGGGGAUCUCACUUCCCACAAAAGAAUACAUACAGGAGAGAAACCUUACCAGUGCUUGGAAUGUGGAAAGAGCUUCAGUCACAGCACCCAUCUCACUUCCCACCAAAGAAUUCAUACAGGAGAGAAACCCUAUCAGUGCUUUGAAUGUGGAAAGAGCUUCAGUCGGAAGGACAGUCUCACUUCCCACCAAAGGAUUCAUACAGGGGAGAAACCCUAUCAGUGCUUUGAAUGUGGAGAGAACUUCAGUCACAGUUACAGUCUCACUUCCCAUCAAAGAAUUCAUACAGAGGAGAAACCCUAUCAGUGCUUGGAAUGUAGGAAGAGCUUCAGUCGGAAGGACAGUCUCACUUCGCAUCAAAGAAUUCAUACAGGGGAGAAACCCUAUCAGUGCUUGGAAUGUGGGAAGAGCUUCAGUCAGAGCACCCAUCUCACUUCCCAUCAAAGAAUUCAUACUGAAGAGAAACCCUAUCAGUGCUUUGAAUGUGGAAAGAGCUUCAGUCAGAGAACCCAUCUCACUUCCCAUCAAAGAAUUCAUACAGAGGAGAAACCCUAUCAGUGCUCAGAAUGUGGGAAGAGCUUCAGUCGGAAGGACAGUCUCACUUUGCAUCAAAGAAUUCAUACAGGGGAGAAACCCUAUCAGUGCUUGGAAUGUGGGAAGAGCUUCAGUCAGAGCAGCCAUCUCACUUCCCAUCAAAGAAUUCAUACUGAAGAGAAACCCUAUCAGUGCUUUGAAUGUGGAAAGAGCUUCAGUCAGAGAACCCAUCUCACUUCCCAUCAAAGAAUUCAUACAGAGGAGAAACCCUAUCAGUGCUCAGAAUGUGGGAAGAGCUUCAGUCGGAAGGACAGUCUCACUUCGCAUCAAAGAAUUCAUACAGGGGAGAAACCCUAUCAGUGCUUGGAAUGUGGGAAGAGCUUCAGUCAGAGCACCCAUCUCACUUCCCAUCAAAGAAUUCAUACUGAAGAGAAACCCUAUCAGUGCUUUGAAUGUGGAAAGAGCUUCAGUAAGAGCGCCCAUCUCACUUCCCAUCACAGAAUUCAUACAGGGGAGAAACCCUAUCAGUGCUCGGAAUGUGAGAAGAACUUCAGUCGGAAGGACAAACUCACUUCUCAUCAAAGAAUCCAUACAAGGGAGAAACCCUAUCACUGCUUGGAGUGUGGGAAGAGCUUCAGAAAGAGGGCAGGUCUCAUCCGCCAUCAAAGAAUUCAUACAGGCCAGAAAGGCUAUCAGUGCUCAGAAUGUGGGAAGAGCUUCAGUCGGAAGGGCAGUCUUACUUUGCAUCAAAGAAUUCAUACAGGGGAGAAACCCUAUCAGUGCUUGGAAUGUGGAAAGAGGUUUCGUCAGAGUGGGGCUCUCACUUCCCACAAAAGAAUACAUACAGGAGAGAAACCUUACCAGUGCUUGGAAUGUGGAAAGAGCUUCAGUCACAGCACCUAUCUCACUUCCCACCAAAGAAUUCAUACAGGAGAGAAACCCUAUCAGUGCUUGGAAUGUGGAAAGAGCUUCAGUCACCGCACCCAUCUCACUUCCCACCAAAGAAUUCAUACAGGAGAGAAACCCUAUCAGUGCUUUGAAUGUGGAAAGAGCUUCAGUCGGAAGGACAGUCUCACUUCCCACCAAAGAAUUCAUACAGGGGAGAAACCCUUUCAGUGCUUUGAAUGUGGAAAGAACUUCACUCAGAGCAGCAGUCUCGCUUCCCAUCAAAGAAUUCAUACAGGGGAGAAACCCUAUCAGUGCUUUGAAUGUGGAAAGAGCUUCAGUCACAGCACCCAUCUAACUUCCCAUCAAAGAAUUCAUACUGAAGAGAAACCCUUUCAGUGCUUUGAAUGUGGAGAGAGCUUCAGUCACAGUUACAGUCUCACUUCCCAUCAAAGAAUUCAUACAGAGGAGAAACCCUAUCAGUGCUUGGAAUGUAGGAAGCGCUUCAGUUGGAAGGACAAACUCACUUUGCAUCAAAGAAUUCAUACUGGAGAGAAACUCCAUCAGUGCUUGGAAUGUGGGAAGAGCUUCAGUCAGAGAACCCAUCUCACUUCCCAUCAAAGAAUUCAUACAGAGGAGAAACCCUAUCAGUGCUUGGAAUGUGGGAAGAGCUUCAGUCAGAGCACCCAUCUCACUUCCCAUCAAAGAAUUCAUACAGGGGAGAAACCCUAUCAGUGCUUGGAAUGUGGGAAGAGCUUCAGUCGGAAGGACAGUCUCACUUCGCAUCAAAGAAUUCAUAGAGGGGAGAAACCCUAUCAGUGCUUGGAAUGUGGGAAGAGCUUCAGUCAGAGCACCCAUCUCACUUCCCAUCAAAGAAUUCAUAGAGGGGAGAAACCCUAUCAGUGCUUGGAAUGUGGGAAGAGCUUCAGUCAGAGCACCCAUCUCACUUCCCAUCAAAGAAUUCAUAGAGGGGAGAAACCCUAUCAGUGCUUUGAAUGUGGAAAGAGCUUCAGUAAGAGCGCCCAUCUCACUUCCCAUCACAGAAUUCAUACAGGGGAGAAACCCUAUCAGUGCUUGGAAUGUGAGAAGAACUUCAGUCGGAAGGACAAACUCACUUUGCAUCAAAGAAUUCAUACAGGGGAGAAACCCUAUCAGUGCUUUGACUGUGGAAAGAGCUUCAGUCACAGCACCCAUCUCACUUCCCAUCAAAGAAUCCAUACAGGGGAGAAACCCUAUCACUGCUUGGAGUGUGGGAACAGCUUCAAAAAGAGGGCAGGUCUCAUCCGCCAUCAAAUAAUUCAUACAGUGGCACCUCAGGUUAAAAACUUAAUUCGUUCUGGAGGUCCAUUCUUAACCUGAAACUGUUCUUAAGCUGAAGCACC